CUCAACACAGUGUUGAAAGUUUUUCGAGGGGAAAAGGGUGACACAAAUAAGUUGAAAUCUAAGGAAGAUAUUGGACUUCAUAUAUCAUUUGCAGCCCAGUCACCCCGUGCAAUCAUAGAGCAUUCCAGUCUUACCAUGUCUGAGAAGAAAGCAGACUUGAAUCCUCAGCCUCCCGCUCCCUCCGAUCCUCCUCCAUCCUACGAAACAGCCGCCUCAAGCACGGGCGGCCCAAACACCAAUCCCAUACCACUCCCGCGCCCCCCACCGCUCUCGCUCCCCGUUCUCAACCAACUCCGCUCAAAAAGGGUAAUCCUCGCCUCUGCUUCUCCCCGUCGCAAACAAAUAAUCUCCUUCCUCGGCCUACGCAAUGUCGAAAUCAUCCCUUCCAACACACCAGAAGACUUCCCGAAAACUCUAACACCGUUCGAAUAUGUUCUCCAAACCGCGACUCACAAGGCCAUCACGGUAUAUCAGCAAGAGGUGAACAAUCUGGAGAAGGGUGAGCCGGCAUUAAUUCUCGCUGCCGAUACGAUCGUGGUAGACAUAUCAACAGGAGACAUCCUGGAGAAGCCGCGCUCGGAGGCCCAUCACAUAAGUAUGCUCAAGUUGCUGAGAGACGUGAUGGACCACAAGGUAUACACUGCCGUGGCCGCGAUCGUGCCGCUGGAAAGUGCCCGCGAUCCGGGAUACGCUUUGGAGACGGUGGUGGAAGAGACGAAAGUCAGGUUUGAUCCGGACGUUACAGAUGAACUUAUUCUCGCAUACGUGAGGACGCGAGAAGGAGUGGACAAGGCAGGCGGCUAUGGGAUGCAGGGCCUAGGAUCGAUCUUGGUCCAAAGGAUCGAAGGGAGCUAUGAUAAUGUGAUUGGGCUGCCGUUACGCGCUACCUUGAGGCUGAUUGAAAAGGCUAUGGCCAAGGCUGAGGAUGAUGAUUUGCUGGGGGAUGAGCUAUCGGAGGAAGAAUAGUAACGAUAUUUUGAUGUGUAUACAUAUUUUCAAUCCUUCUUUUGCUUGAGUCGAGCUCUCCGUCUAAGGAGCCCGAGUCGACAUUGGGUAGAAAGCAGCCAGGCGUAAGAUACCCGGAUAUGGGCAAUCAUAUCGCGUCGUGGACAUGUGCCCUAAAGCCGGAGGAGCCUAACCAAACGAAAUGCCUGAACUUAACGACGACAGAUAUAAUAUAAACAGGAAAAGGAAAUGCCUAUGUAUGUACAGUUUUCAAAAUCAUGCCUUCCAGAUUCUCUUGAUAGCUUCGGUCACA